AUGAUAAUUGAUACAACAACAGUACAAGCUAUCAAUUCUUUUUCUAAAUUGAAAUCCUUAAACGAGGUCUAUGGAAUUAUAUGGAUGCUUGUCCCUAUUUUAACUCUUGUAUUGGGAAUCAUGAUAGGCAUAUUAGUAAUUAUGUGGUUAGAGAGAGAAAUUUCUGUAGGGAUACAACAAUGUAUUGGACUUGAAUAUGCCGGUCCUUUUAGAGUUCUUCAAGCUCUCCCGGAUGGAACAAAACUACUUUUCAAAGAAAAUCUUUUUUCAUCUAGAGGAGAUACUCGCUUAUUCAGUAUUGGACCAUCCAUAGUAGUCAUAUCAACUCUAUUAAGCUAUUUAGUAAUUCCUUUUGGCUAUCACUUUGUUUUAGCGGAUCUAAAUAUCUGUUGUUACAAUAUCGGAGUCUUUUUAUGGAUUGUCAUUUCAAGUAUUGCUCCCAUUGGACUUCUUAUGUUAGGAUAUGGAUCAAAUAAUAAAUAUUCUUUUUUAGGUGGUCUACGAGUUGCUGCUCAAUCGAUUAGUUAUGAAAUACCAUUAACUCUCUGUGUAUUAUCCAUAUCUUUACGUGCGAUUCGUUGA